AUGAAGCAGGCAUUGGUGGCGCUGGCCGUGCCGUUGCUCCUCGCCGCGUCGCUGUACGCCUCUACGCCGCCGGACACGGCCGAGGCCUUCGCCGGGGACGUCCGCGUCCACCUGACGCACGUGGACGCCGGGAAGCAGAUGUCCAGGCGCGAGCUGAUCAGGCGCGCCAUGCAGCGCAGCAAGGCGAGGGCGGCGGCGCUGUCCGUGGCGAGGAGCGGCGGCGGCCGCGUCGCCGGCAAGAGCGCGCAGCAGGAGGGGCAGCAGCAGCCUGGCGUGCCGGUCCGCCCUUCCGGCGACCUCGAGUACCUCAUCGACCUCGCCAUCGGCACGCCGCCGCAGCCCGUGUCGGCGCUGCUGGACACCGGCAGCGACCUCAUCUGGACGCAGUGCGCGCCGUGCGCGAGCUGCCUCGCGCAGCCGGACCCGCUCUUCACCCCGGCCGCGUCGUCGUCGUACGUGCCCAUGCGGUGCUCCGGCCAGCUCUGCAACGACAUCCUGCACCACAGCUGCCAGAGGCCGGACACCUGCACCUACCGCUACAACUACGGCGACGGGACGACCACGCUGGGCGUCUACGCCACCGACCACUUCACCUUCGCGUCGUCGUCCGGGGAGAAGCUCAGCGUCCCGCUCGGGUUCGGCUGCGGCACCAUGAACGUCGGCAGCCUGAACAACGGCUCCGGCAUCGUCGGCUUCGGCCGGGACCCGCUCUCGCUCGUGUCCCAGAUGUCCAUCCGGCGCUUCUCCUACUGCCUCACGCCCUACACAAGCACCAGGAAGAGCACCCUCCUGUUCGGGUCCCUCUCCGACGGCGUCUUCGACGGCGACGACGCCGCCACCGGCCAAGUCCAGACCACGAGGCUCCUGCAGAGCCGCCAGAACCCGACCUUCUACUACGUCCCGUUCACCGGCGUGACGGUCGGCACUCGGCGGCUGCGGAUACCGCCCUCGGCGUUCUCCCUGAGGCCCGACGGCUCCGGAGGGGUGAUCGUCGACUCGGGCACGGCGCUCACGCUGUUCCCGGGGGCCGUGCUCGCGGAGGUGCUGAGGGCGUUCCGCGCGCAGCUGAGGCUGCCGUUCGCGAACAGCAGCAGCCCGGACGACGGCGUCUGCUUCGCGACGCCGAUGGCCACAGGCGGGGGGAGGCGCGCGUCGGCCGCGAGGGCGGUGGUGGCGGUGCCGAGGAUGGUGUUCCACUUCCAGGGCGCGGACCUCGAGCUGCCGCGCCGGAACUACGUGCUGGACGACCCGAGGAGGGGGAGCUUGUGCAUCCUCCUGGCCGACUCCGGGGACUCGGGCUCCACGAUCGGCAACUUCGUGCAGCAGGACAUGCGCGUGCUCUACGAUUUGGAGGCGGAGACCCUGUCAUUCGCUCCGGCGCAGUGCUGA